CCGAGGCAGAGGAAGAGGAGGAGGCCGAAGCGAAGAAGAGGCUCCUGGGACGUUACAUCCUGAAGGGCAGGACGGGAACCGGAGAAGCCGGGUCCAUUUCGCUGCCUCGGAGCGACGCUGCGCCGCUUGGUUUGGAUUACCGCCGCGUCUGAAGACAAAAAACACGAAUUGUUCCUUUAAUAAAGUGUUUUUGGCGCUUCACGAGGACUUUGUGAGACUUUGGAGCUGGAAGGCGUUAGGUUUAGUUUUGCAGGAUCACAGCAGCGGGUUCUUGGGUGUUUGUGGUCCGGAAAGCGGAUUAUUGAUCUGCUGUAGUCUGACAUAAUCCGCUGUUUGUGGUAAUAAAAGCAACCAUGCUUACACAACCCGGGCACAACGGAGAAUAGUUUUCUUUCUUUUUUUUCGUCCCGGAGGGUUUUUAUAAAACAGACUACACCUGCAGCAGCACCAUGAUCAGCUCCGAGGGCCUCCGACCGGCCACGAACGGCAGGAAGCCGCUAGGGAAGCUCGCCUCCCGCCUCGAGGAGGUGAAGAACCCGUGGAGGCAGGGCUCCACGCUGGAACUCAGCCACAACGAGGCGGCCCGGCUGGCCACCGACGCCCUGCUGGAGCACGGGGAAAAGGAAUACCGCAGGGUGCUGGCCGAGGAGCGGGAGCUGAAUUUCCUCUCCCCACUGGAGAUCCACUACAUCAGCCAGCAUGCGGCCAGCAAGGCUUGCGGCUCCGAGAGCAACGGCGCCGGCUCCAACGACCGGGACUUCGGGGACGGAGACGCCGUGUCCGAGCUCACCUCCGGGACUUACUUCCCGAUGAUGUCUGAUGAGGAGCCGCCGAUGCUGGAGCUCGGCUGGCCGGAAUCGCCAGUGAGAUACGGACCGUCAGAGACCCAGAUCUACUUCCAGAGAGACAAGUCCCACAACAUCAAAGACCUCAUCAGGUCCCUGAUCAACAAGGCCAAAAAGGUGAUCGCGGUGGUUAUGGACGUCUUCACAGAUGUGGACCUGCUGUGUGACCUCAUGGAGGCGUCCAACAAGAGGAGGAUCCCCGUCUACAUUCUGCUGGACGAGAAGAACCUCCACUACUUCACAGACAUGUGUGCAGCGUUGGACAUUCAGAACUCACACCUGAGUAGCAUGCGUAUUCGCAGCGUUUGUGGUGACACCUACUGCACCAAGAGUGGCAAGAAGUUUACCGGUCAGGUCCUGGAAAAGUUCAUGAUCAUCGACUGUGAAGAGGUCAUUGCAGGCUCGUACAGUUUCAGCUGGCUGUCGGCUCAGGUGCACAGCAACAUGGUGAUGCAUUUCUCUGGUCGCAUCACAGAUAGCUUUGAUCGGGAGUUUCGCUGUUUAUACGCUGACUCGCAGAUCAUCGACUGUUUCUUCAACCCAGAGGAGGAAGGGAUGCUCUACUAUCCAUCAUAUCAAAGCAUGAUGGGCCUAGGCAUGGGCAUGGGGAUCGGUGGGGGCCUUGGACUGGAUUUACACUCUGACAGGCAACGGGACAAGGUGUGCUCAGAAAACUCCAGCAGCCAAUCAAGCAACAGCAUCUCCAGCAUAAAGGCUGCACCUGGAAUGACAUCCAACACAGUCUACAAAGUCACUCAGAGUCACGACAAGAAAGAGCCCACAGGCUCUUCUCACCUGAGCCCAGAAAGAAGAGCUGGAGGUAUUGAACGAGUAGGUGGACAAUCUCCAACAGCUCGAGGCUCUGCUAACGGGGCAACCAAUCAUAGCCCUGCUCCUGAUCGUCCAUCACCUACAUAUGGUCAGCCAAUGGGCAUUGAGUGGAACAAGCCUAAACCAAUGGACAUUAUGCGGGCAAAUAUUAGUGGUACAUCCUCUAAAUUUCAGGCACUGGGAUUGUAUGAUCACAAACCUAGUAUGUUUCAUGGCAACCACAACUCAAACCUGAACCCCAAGACCCAGACACCGUCCCCAGUCAAUGAUAGCAAACUCACCCCCAAGCAGAGGACUUCCUCCAAUCAGUUCCUGAACAAACUCUCAGAUAUGUUCUUGCCAACCACCUCCAAAGACAAAGACUAUAACUUCCAUAGGUCACCAUCUCCUCUUAACUCCUCAGCCUGGGGAGGACCAGACCUCUCACAACCUGAGCCGGAGAGCCAACAGAGCCCACCGCCACCACCAUCUCCCGUUGCAUUCAUUAACCGGCAAGACCAGAAGCGAAUGACGUUGGGCCACAGCAAGCUGGACCUUGUAAACCAGUACAAUAAGAUGAAGUCUAAGCAGGUCUACAGCCGCUUUGAGCUCAAGAGCACAGAUUAAACCGAGAGGCCAACAACUGAGUUUGUACUACUCCAUUUUACAACUGAAAAGAAAAAAAAUCUCCUAGCAUUUGCAAGUAGCUUUUCUCAAAUUGAAGAUUGAUUAUGUCUAAUUCAGUAAUUGCAAUUUUUUUACUUUCUUCCACAAUCCUAAGACCUGCAAGAGAGCAAGCUAUAACAGCCAUGUUGGUUCAAAGCCUUUGUACAGUUUCCAUUUGAAACUAUUCAAUUAAUUACAUGAGAUGGGUAAGAAGUACAACCUUGUGGUUACUGCUUUUGUUAGGAUUUGGGUAUACAUAAAUUAUACAUCUAUCAAAAUUCCUUGGAAUAAAUUUUUAAUUCCUAUCCUAGCCAUUAUACUUCAGAAUGUUGAAUAAAAAUAUUUAAGAAAAAUCUGCAUGACAACAGAUUAAACUGCUUAUUUUUGUUCUUAAAACCUUAUUUGCCUUUUUGGUUUUAGAUUUAUUAAAAUCUUAAAUGGACAAUGUGACUGUAAAACUUCUGUAAAGAAUUUUUAACUUAUGAUAUUUCUUUGGUUUGCAUUUGUUUUAAAUAACUUUUUGGCAUUUAAAAUUAUACCUACUGUUUAUAUAGAGAAAGUACAGAAGUCACAUUUUUUGAUGAAACGAGGAAAUAAUGAAAAUAAUGGGUGUAAAUGGUUUUAUUUUUGCUCCCAAUUUGAGUUUUCUCAAGUUGAUGAACAAGCAAACACACUGGUGCUCUAGCUAGCGUGAGCAUUAGCAGUAAUUUUACCAGUUUGUACAGAUGCCACAGAAAUAGCACAUAUAUAAUAGCUCAAAAAAGACACUGUUGAUUUAGGUAAGUUAACCUUAAAUGCUGUGAAUUCUUCAUACAUUAGCUGAAUCAGUCAAGCUAUUGUUAGCCAAAACAAGCUAACAGAGGUAAGCGUUGCAUGGAGCUUCUUUAUCUUUUUCUUUUUAUUGAGACUUUCAAAGCAUGAAAUUGCUUAACAUCUAAUCCUGUUCAACAGAAAACCUGAAACCCCCAAAUAUUCAAUGAAAUGUUUUUUUUUUUUGUUUUGUUUUUUGUUUUUGAUGUUAUCAGCUGCUCCCCUGGUGCCAAAACAUGGCAGCCCACUGUUCUCUGGUAAAUCUAAAAUGUAGAACCUAAUUUCCCAUUUGGGAUUAAUCAAAUAAAAAUUGUUAGAAGAUAGCAUAAGAAGUUUCCUCUAAAACCUUUUUGCCUUUUUCCUGUAUUUUGUUUGUUUUUGCUUUUCUAUUUAGUUGUUUGUUUUUUUGUUUGUUUGUUUUUUUUUGUUUUUUUUUUUACAGAUUUGGUAGAAUACUCUACAAAACCUCAACCGUUCAAGACAUGUGGACAACAUAUGUGUUUUGCAGAAGUUGCAGCCAGUUUCUCCCCUGGCUUGCUCACCAAUUAAUUUUUCUUCUAUAAUUUACCAGAUUUUGACAGCAGUGGUGUUCACAUCACAUCGUACAAUCCCUGACAACAUAUUGCUAAACUGCACUGGAAAAAAACUCCAAAGCACAACUAUUUUAAUGAUAAAAAUGUUUCCUAAAUGAAUGCAUAUUGGCUUUUUUGUUUGAUUAUUGAAAGAAUAAUACUGAUUUUACAGGUUUUGUUAAUCACAGAGAAAACGCUGAAAUAAUCCAAGAAAUGGUUGAUUUAAUUUCUUGUCAACUUAUUGAUUUCUAUUUUUAAUGUAGAAAGAAAAAAACUGAAACAGUUGAUACUUGCAUUAAGUACAGAUUACUUGGUAAACAUUUAAUCUAUUCAUUUGAACUUUUUCUUUUAACCAGAUAAUACAUUAUAUUCCAGGAAGAAUGUGUUAAAAUGUGGUGA